AUGCCCGCCGGGGGCACUCUGCAGACUUUUAGCAAUGCUCACGAUCCGCGGUUCUAUAUGCAUGUUUGCGAUAAAACCAGGGAUCUACCACCAGCGGCCACCAUCGUCGAGUACAUUCCCUUGGGCGAAUAUCUCUUCCGUUACGAUAGAGCCGGCUUUUGGGUUGGCCGACAAGGCUACACCUAUUUCAAAGUCAUCCCAUUCAUCAAGUUCUUCCGUUGGCUGCUUGACGAUUACUCUCACACCCAAACACUCUACCAUGCCCUCCAUGCAAGUGGGGUUUCGCCACAGUUCGUAGUUCAAGAUCUAGCUUUACCGUACGAGACAGCUGAAGACUUCAUGAAAUGGGUUGACCAAGAACUGGGCAUUUGGCCCCUCUGGCUAUGUCCUCUUCGAAAAUGCGCACUGCCAUCUUUUCACCCCGUCACCAGGCCACAAACUACAAACCGGUUAACGGGCGGAGAUAGAAUAGACUUUGGGAGAACCGACAUGUCACAGCCGAUGCUGAAUAUUGGAGUUUGGGGAUGGGGACCGUGGGAUUACGAAACCUUUCUGGAGAGCACUUUAAAGGCUCUGGGCGGCCGCAAGUGGCUCUAUGCUCACACAUACUACACCGAAGAUGAGUUCUGGGCCGAAUAUGAUCGACCGUGGUAUCGGGCCCUAAGAGAAAAGUACUUUGCUACGACUCUGCCAACUAUAUAUGACAAGGUGAAGGUCGAGCCCCAAACUGAAGGGGAAAAUCACAACCAGUGGAGCAAGUCUUGGCUGAGCACAUGGCCUAUUGGAGGGCUGUAUGGUAUGAUUCUAGCUACUCUCUCUGGGGAUAUUAGCUUUCAUCGUCGGGCGACGUGGAGACAUAAGGAGAAGUAG